AUGUCCUUCACUAAAAUCGCUGCUUUACUGGCUGUUGCCGCUGCUUCCACCAAAUUAGUUUCUGCCGUGGACGAAUAUGAAAUCGUUGAAUUCGACGCUAUUCUGGUUGAUGUCAAAGCCAAUUUGGAACAAUAUAUGUCUUUGGCCAUGAACAAUCCAGAUUUUACUCUACCAGAUGGUGUCUUGGAUGUCUACCAACACAUGACCACUUACAGUGCUGGUGAUGAUGGUUACACUAGUUGGUACACCGAAUUAGAUUUUGCUCAAAUCACCACCGCUAUGCAACAAGUGCCAUGGUACUCUUCCAGACUGGUACCUGAAAUUCUCUCUGCUUUACAAAGUGCCGGUAUCACUGUUACCGCUUUAGGUGACGAUGCCGCUGGUGCUUCUUCAGCUGCUGCUUCCUCUUCUGCUUCCGAAUCUGCUUCAGCUUCCGAAUCCUCUAAGGCUUCUGAAUCUUCCUCAGCUUCUGAAUCCUCUAAGGCUUCCUCCUCCGCUGCUGCUUCCUCUUCAGCUUCUGAAUCUUCUUCAGCUUCCGAAUCCUCUAAGGCAUCCUCCUCCGCUGCUGCUUCCUCUUCCUCUGCUGCCGCUUCCUCUUCUGCCAAGAGCUCUGCCUCUUCUGCUGCCUCUUCUGCUGCCUCUUCUGCUGCUUCUUCUGCAUCUUCCAAGGCAUCUUCCUCUUCUGCCAAGGCUACUUCUUCAGCAGCAAAGUCCAGCAACGGUACCUCCUCUGCUAGUAAAAACGCUGGUGCCGCUAUCAACAUGGGUUUCUUUUCUGCCGGUGUUGGCGCCGUCGUUGCUGGUGCAGCCGCCAUGCUAUUAUGA